GGGGUGGUGGGGGGCGGGGAGGGGAAGGGGGGGAGCCAUCUGUCUGAGGCUGAGAGGGACCAGGGCAGCGGAGGCCACCGCGGCGUGGGACAGAACAAGGGCACUGUCAUGGUGAUGACAGAGGAGGACAGCACAGUGAAGGUAGUGGUUCGAGUGAGGCCCCCUACUCCAAAGGAAUUGGAGAGCCAUCGAAGGCCUGUGGUUCAGGUGGUAGAUGGGAGAAUGCUGGUGUUUGACCCUGAGGAGCCAGAUGGAGGUUUCCCUGGUCUGAAGUGGGGAGGCAAUGUCCAUGAUGGUCCCAAGAAAAAGGGCAAAGAUUUGAAGUUUGUCUUUGACCGGGUUUUUGCCGAGACAGCCACCCAACAGGAGGUAUUCCAGCACACCACCCACAGCAUCCUGGAUGGGGUUCUUCAGGGGUAUAACUGCUCAGUGUUUGCCUAUGGGGCCACGGGAGCAGGGAAGACACACACCAUGCUGGGAGGAGAGGGGGACCCUGGCAUCAUGUACCUGACCAUGAUGGAGCUUUAUCAGCGUCUAGAGGCCCGCCGGCAGGAGAAACACUAUGAGGUUCUCAUCAGCUACCAAGAGGUAUACAAUGAGCAGAUAUAUGAUCUCCUAGAUCCCAAGGGUGCCCUAGCUAUCCGAGAGGACCCAGACAGGGGUGUUGUGGUUCAAGGACUCUCCUUCCAUCAGCCAGCCUCAGCUGAACAACUUCUGGAGAUGCUGACGAGAGGGAACCGGAAUCGUAAGCAGCACCCCACUGAUGCUAACGCCACAUCCUCUCGCUCACAUGCGGUCUUUCAGAUCUAUGUGAAGCAGCAGGACUGUGUGCCAGGACUGACCCAGACCCUGCGGGUUGCCAAGAUGAGCCUGAUUGAUCUGGCAGGCUCAGAGAGGGCAUCAAACACCCAUGCCACUGGGGAGCGGCUUCGGGAGGGUGCCAACAUCAACCGCUCACUGCUGGCACUCAUCAACGUCCUCAAUGCUUUGGCAGAUGCAAAGGGCCGAAAGUCCCAUGUGCCAUACCGAGACAGCAAGCUGACCCGUUUGCUAAAGGACUCGAUAGGAGGGAACUGCCGGACAGUGAUGAUCGCUGCUGUCAGUCCCUCAGCCCUGGCCUAUGAGGACACCUACAACACCCUCAAGUAUGCUGACCGUGCAAAGGAAAUCAAGCUCUCGCUCAAGAGCAACGUGAUCAGCUUGAACUGUCACAUCAGCCAGUAUGCCACCAUUUGCCAGCAGCUUCAGGCUGAGGUGGCUGCCCUGCGGGAAAAGCUCCAGGUCUAUGAAGCAGGAGCAAGAACCACCCCACAAGAGCUCCCAGAGCUGCCCAAACCAUCUCUCUGCACUAGCCCUCUGCAGCCAGGCCUCAGCCUUCCUGACUCACCCUCACUGAGCCAUCAUCCUCGUCAGUCCUACUCUCCAGAGCUCUACUCAAACCCUGGAACCCCCGAGGAGGAGGAGACCCACGUGGAGGAUAAAGAAGUGAUGAAGCCCCUUUUCAGUUCUCAGGCACAGGAACCAACGAAGGAGAGGAAUGAGAGCACCGUGAAAAAGGUGAUGCAGCCUCCGGUCCAAACCCUAGAGCCCAAGCCAGGAUUGGGCAGCCUCACACCACCAGAAGUGGACAAAAACAAAACCAAGAGGCUAGCCCUGAUGGUGCUGCAUGUGGCCCAGCGGCAAUAUUCUCUUCUCAGAGAAGCCAAUCUCCUGACCCCAGACAUGGUCUUGGAGUUUGAGGCAGUGCAACGGCUGGUUCAAGAUGAGAAGACAGUGCCACGGGGGAAGGUAGCUGAUACUCCCAGCCCAGCUGGAGGGGUACCUUUGUCCCAGGAGCUAUCCCCAGAAUCAACACCUCCAACAUAUUCUGGCCCAACAACACGAACCAUGGCAAGACGUCUGAGUGGGCUUUUGCCCGUUCUGGGGCUCCCAUCUUUUUCAGCCCUCUCACCCCAAAGUUCUCAGGCUCCAAGGAAGAAGAAGAGGAGGAGAUCAGAUGAGUCAAGCUCACCUGAACUGAACACCUACUCUUCCUCUAAACUGGAGGCCAAACGGCAAAAGAAGUCUUUGCCCCAUGCAGGGAAAGAUUCUCUGCCCCAGGCAGGGCCUUCCCCGGGACUCAGCACCCCCAAGAUGGAGGUUGCAUCCACUACCCCCUUUCCCCACCUUCUCUCAGCUACUGUUGUCAAAAGCCGGGUGCCCCUGGGCCCAUCCUCUAUGCAGAACUGCUCUACUCCUCUCAGCCUACCUACCCGGGACCUCAAUGCCACCUUUGACCUUUCUGAGGGGACCUUCUUGAAGUCCACUGCUUCUGAAUUCCUCAGCUGGGAGAAUGUCCCUGCUGCCUUGAACAAGAUGGAUAAACCCUUCAUUCCCAGGGGUCCCAUGCAGCUAUUCACCAUGAAGGGUCCCAAGCCAGCAUCUUCCCUUCAUGGUGGCUCUGCUCGCAAGAGGAGAUGCCCUUUGAGGUCCUCAGCCUCCUGUACAGUGGCUGCCCCCCAGGGCCGGAGUCGAAUCGCCAGACUUCACACCAGCACUAUGAAAAAGCCAGGAGGUCCCCUUGCUGUCUCAGAGCCCUCCUCCAGCCCCCGAUGGCUAGGCAGCCAGAGGAACCGGAAAGACACGGCACUGGGGUUUGGAGGAGCCCCACAGACUGGUAUCCGGCCCAGCACAGGCAAAGCCAUCUUCAAGGGGUCCUGAGAAUGAGAUGUGUCUUCUGUGCUUGUCACUUUGGCUCCUUCUGCCCCAACCUUGGCUUGACCUUCUAUACUCCUUUAUCAUCUAAGACCAACUGACGAUUCAACUGCCCAUCUAGCACACCUUCCUAAUUACCUCCUUCUGAUUCCUUGCCACUGCCUUCUCUUCCUCUCCCAUGCUCUUAUUGUAAUCAGCUUGUGCUUACAUUCACAUACAUGUAUUAAAGUGUUCUUCUCUCUUC